AAAUCCCCCCAGCAGAACCUGGUGGGAGGGGCCAUUUUGAACAGCUCCACGGUGCAGGAAGGCAGCAAGGAGGAAAAGGGCCAGAGAUCUCCCUGCAGGAGGGGCUCCAAAGCCAACCUGGGGUGCUCUGAGGAGGAAAGACCCAGCCUGUGCCGGGAAGGAGGCCGGAGCUUGAGCCAGAGCUCUGACCUGGUGGUCCCUGAACAGCCUCCCACCAGGGAGAAGCCCUUCAGGUGCUCGGAAUGUGGGAAGAGCUUCAGACAGAGCUCCCACCUCCUCACCCACCAGCAUAUCCACACUGGGGAACGGCCCUACACAUGCAGAGAAUGUGGGAAGAGCUUCAGGAACAGCUCCAACCUCCUCACCCACCAGCGUAUCCAUACUGGGGAACGGCCCUACACAUGUGGGGAAUGUGGGAAGAGCUUCAGCCAGAGCUCCAACCUGAUCCGACACCAGCACAUUCACACUGGAGAACGGCCGUACUCGUGUAGGGAAUGUGGGAAGACCUUCAGCCGAAGCUCUGACCUCCUCACCCACCAGCGCAUCCACACUGGGGAACGGCCCUACACAUGUGGGGAAUGUGGGAAGAGCUUCAGCCGAAGCUCCAACCUCCUCCCCCACCAGCGCAUCCAUACUGGGGAACGGCCCUACACGUGCUUGGAAUGUGGGAAGAGGUUUAGAACCAGCUCAGAUCUCCUUAUGCAUGAGCGGACGCACACGGAUGAGAGACCCUUCCGCUGCACUGACUGUGGGAAGGGCUUCAAGCACAACUCUCACCUUGUCACCCACCGGCGCAUCCACACCGGAGAGAGGCCCUACAAGUGUGAGGAAUGUGGGAAGAGCUUCACCGACAGGUCUGACUUCAACAAACACCAACGGACCCACCGGUAAGGGAAGCCCUGCGAGUGCCCCAGCUGCGGGAAGAGCUUCAACCGCUGCUUCCACCCUGAAUGAACCCCCUGAUGGUGAGGCAACCACUGGAGUCCAGUGACUGUCAGUCCAUCCCUUUCGACCAGAAAGGGGUAGUCCCCUUUCACAGGGGCAGCUUCUGCCAACAGAAUCCUUCCUGGGGGGUGUGUGGAGAUUCCUGCCUUGGCUGGGGACCCCCCCAAGGUCAGUCCUGGAGGUUGAGAGCAGAGAUCUCCCCACGAACAUUGGUCUGGGGGAGUUGCAUCCAUCUCUCAUUAAGAAUUCUUGCUUUUCUGUCAGCUUUGGUAGAAAGGCUUCAACAAUUGCUUUAGUGUAGAGCACUGUCCUAUCUUAUCCUGUGUGGGAAAACGACUAAACUGUAGACAGCUUAAGCCUUGAAUUUGAGCACUUACAGCUGUGAGGUUGUAAAAGAAUGUAAACAUUGAGGAUGAGUAAGCAGAAAAGGAGAAAGAACUGCAGUAAAUAACAGCUGUUAUUUAGAGAUUUGCCAGCACGCAAGGGGAUGAGCUUGGACACGUGGACACGAACACAUAACCAAUGAGAUAUGGUAUUUGCACGUGGACAGAAGAAAAAACUAUGAAACUAAGCCUGCUGUAAAUAAAGUAUUGGUUGUACCUUGCCUGCUAACUUACCGUCUGAGUGCAUUCUUGGCCAUUGUCAAUUGGUGAAACCCUAACGCGAUUUAUUGCAAAGAGGACCGCGGGGAUAGAGCGAUGACGGCAGAGCCCAGCGUAGCAGCAGUCGGCGGAUCUGAGAGCCGAAGUCCGGAGCUAAUUAUUUACAGACACCUGGAGAGAAGGUGAGCUGUUGGAAACAUAAUGGGAGCGCAAAAUACUACAGAGGAGAAGUCAAUUGCGACUGUAUUAACUAAAAUACUAGAGAAACGUGGUGUUAAGUAUAAAGAAGGAGUGCUCUGCAUCUUGCGUAGUUGGUGCAAAUGAAAUGGGGUAGAUGCUCAGACUGCAUUUUGCAUAGACAUUUGGCAGGCUGCUGGGAAGGUGCUUUUUGAUGCGGCCACUGACUCUCUUAAGCAUGCUGCCAGCGUCCUGAAACCGUGGCGAACUGUCUUUGAAACCUUAAAAGAUCAGGCUUCUAAAAAGUCACCACUCUUCAAGCCAGAAAAUGAAGAAAAAUCUAGCAAUUCACCCCUGGAGGCAGUGAAGGGAGAAGGCCCCCUCCCCCUCGCCACUAAUACGAGACUUUUCGGCCGUGUGGAUAGGGCAGUGUCAUGGUUUGAGAGCCUCAAAAAUCUAAUUCCCUAGUCCUAAGCCCCCUCCCACAUCUCAACCUAAUGUCGGAUGACUUUUUUCCAGACAGAACACGAGACUCAGAAUGGGGGAAAGGGAAUAUAUUCCCUUUCCAAUACAGUGACUGUAUUGUGAUCGAUGAAAUGAGGCUAGAAUUUUGAUUGCAAGGUAAUAGAAAAAUUUAUUAAUUCCAACAAGCAAAAACGGCUAGCCGGGCGACCCGGGGAAACCUCAAUUCCAACCGCGGUCCAUGAAAAGGGAACAGAAACAGCACCAGUUAUACCCUCUGUUGUCACCUCCCCCCCAUAAUCAUGUCAUUAGUCCAUUGGAGGAAGUUUCGCGGGCUGCAUCCUGCUUGGUUCCCUCUUCGCGGACCAGCUUGGGGUUGGUUUCUCCUUUCCCGGGCAAUUGUCGUUACUGAGGGGUGUCCACCAAUGAUAUCAAAGUCAUUGAUUUCUAUGUGUUCAUGCUCCUGGAAAUUUCCAUGGGGAUGAUAACUGAUCAUCUGGACUCCUCGUGAUCCACCCCUCCACGCGGGUUCCUAUUAAUACACUUAGGACAAAUAUCUUCAAAAUAUGCCAAAUCAUCCUUGCGUUGUGUUAACUAGCUUAUAACUUUAAGGAACUUGUGGUUAGGUGUUAUGCAACAUGUCAGCUUAUGAUUCUAACAGAGCAAUCCAUACAAUACUGUAACUUCAUUAACUCUCUCUCAUUCUGAGCAGCAAAUUUCCUCAGUUUACUUAUAACAGUACAAAUAAAUAAAUAUUAUAAUACAUUAUACACAUGAUCUCAACUAUCUCUACCAUGACAUAAGUAUUUACAAUGGAUCAGAUC